AGAAACCAAGAACCAUGGUCUGCUAGGUAUAACAUGUGGGGAAUCGACUGGCAAUUCAUGACGCCUAGGAGGCAAACACCAUGAGAAGUCACAGAGGGCAAGUGCCAAGAAUCAACAAGCGGCAGUAAGCGAUGGACGCGGCGCCCGUCGGACACCUGGGCUACGACCAGGUGCUGUCCAUCCUGCGCCUCCUUCCAGCCGAGGCCGUGCUCUCCUUCGCCGCCACCUGCCGCGCCUUUCGCGACUGGGCCUCCUCCGACGUGCUCUGGGAGGCGCUCUGCCGACGCGACUGGGGGGCACGCGCCGCCGCCGCGGCGCUCGCGGACUGGCGGUGCGGCGUGCCAUGGCGCCGCCUCUACGCCGAGGUUGCCCGACUAAGCGCCCUGCAGGCGCUCCGGCUCCAGGUGAAGGGCACCUCACCACGGCCCCGUGCGUCGCACUCAAUCAACCUCGUGGCCGGCUGGCUAGUAGUCUUCGGCGGUGGCUGCGAGGGAGGUCGUCAUCUUGAUGAUAUCUGGGCAACAUAUGUUGGAAAUAGAGCUGGAACUAGAUCAUCCAAUGCACUUACCUGGCAGCAAUUGGCCUCUGGUACUCCAAGUGGUCGUUUUGGUCAUUCAUGCAUUCUCGUUGGUGAUGCACUAGUCCUGUUUGGCGGGAUUAAUGACCGUGGGCUUCGUUUGAAUGACACAUGGAUAGGCCAAAUAAUCUGCGAAGAACCUUGCAGGAUGAGGAUCUCAUGGAGACUGCUGGAGAUAGGCCCCCUGGCACCAUCUCCUCGUGGGGCCCAUGCAGCCUGCUGCAUAGAUGAUAAGUUCAUUGUGAUUCACGGUGGGAUAGGGGUGCAUGGAAGCCGGCUUGGUGAUACAUGGCUUCUUGAUCUCUCUGAUGGACUUCAAUCUGGCAGUUGGCGCCGAAUGGGGGAUACUGGACCUUUGCCUUCAGCUCGUUCUGGCCACACCUUAACUUGGAUUGGUGAUAGGCGCAUGGUUCUUUUUGGUGGUAGAGGAUCAGAAUAUGAGGUGCUUAGUGAUGUCUGGCUGUUUGAUAUUGGUGAUCAUUUGCUGCAAUGGAAAGAGCAAAAGUACGAUUUGUCUAGUAUUCUUGGUGAAUUGCCUUCUCCCCGGGCUGGGCAUUCAGCAACAUUUCUCUUUGGUGGCAAGAUCCUUGUAUAUGGUGGGGAGGACAAAGAAAGACGGCGGAGGGAUGAUUUCUGGAUCUUAGAUAUACCAGCUUUACUUCAGUUUGAGUCAGGUAACAGGAAAAUGGCAAAGAGGAUGUGGAAAAAACUAAGGAUAGAUGGCCAAUCCCCGAAUUGCCGGUCCUUCCAUGGGGCAUGUGUAGAUACUUCUGGUUACUGUGUGUAUCUUUUUGGUGGAAUGGUUGAUGCACUUUUGCAUCCUGCAGAAUCCUUGGGCUUGAGGUUUGAUGGGCAACUGUAUCAAGUGGAGCUUGUGCUGCAUCUCUAGAAUCUGUAUGAUGUUUUCCUAUAAAUAUUUUCUUAGAGAUAACUGUUUAGAUCUAAUGAUGCAGUAUUGUGUAGUUUUUCUUGUCAGAACACCUGGAUAGUAAAUCUGAAGAUCUCGCUCACAGUAUUUAGAUGAUCAAGUUCUCUUUAUUUAUAAUUUCAGCUGCCACAAUUUGGACAUUGUGAUGAUGCUGAAAGAUGGUUCUUCCCUGUCAAGUGUGUAUGGGUGCAAUACCUGUCACUGAUCUCUGAAAGCGACGGUGAUGUAGAGCGGGUUUGUCUACAUAUGUGUUGAAAUGUACAUCCUUUCUCAGAUUCAUAUAUUAACAAAGAAUGUCUGUCAAUACCAUCUGGUAAAGAUUGCUACUCCCUUUGAUCCA